AUGAGCAGCGACACGGCCGGCAUGAUCGACCACCUGCACAACCUGGCCAGCGUCUUUGCGCUGGUCAACCAGGCGGGUGGCUACGUUCACGGCCACGUGCAGGCCGCCUACGACUGGUACUUUGGCCUCUUCGGCCGCGACUACCUGGUGGCGGACAUUGCCGGUGGCAUGAUCAUCACCAUGACCGUCUUCUGGGUGCUGGGCGCCCUCUACACCGUCCUCGAUCUCACCCACUGGCCGGCGGCCCUCUACCAGUACAAGACGCAGGACAAGGAGGUGACCUUCGCCGAGGUGCUGCACACCGCCAAGCUGGCGCUGCUCAACCAGCUUACCGUCCAGCUGCUGACCACCGUCGCCUACCACUUUCUGCUCGUGUGGCGGGGCCUCGAUGAGAGCCCCCGCGUCCCACCGGUGGCCACCAUGCUCAGCCACCUGCUGGUGUAUGUUCUAGUCCAAGAAACUAGCUUCUACUACCUGCACCGGCUGCUGCACCGGGGCCGCCUCUACCGGUACGUGCACAAGGUGCACCACUACUGGCAGGCGCCCAUCGCCAUCUCCGCCAUCUACUGCCACCCGGCGGAGCACCUGCUGGCCAAUCUGGUGCCGGUGCUGCUGGGGCCGCUGGUGAUGGGCAGCCACCGGUGCACCAUCAGCCUCUGGCUGAUGCUGGUGCACUUUGUCACGCUGAACGACCACUCUGGCUAUCACUUUCCGAUGAUGCCCUCGCCGGAGUUUCACGACUACCACCACCUCAA